AUGUAUCCAACAGCAAUGUUCGCAGACUCACGAACAAGAGCUCCCACGAAGAAACAAUGCGAGGACAUCCUGAAACAGCACGUUCUACCGAGCAAGCUUCGCGCCUAUAUCCAGAUCAUUGACGAUUGGAAGAGGCAUGAGUGGGCUCACUCUGGUGGGCCCCCCGACACCGCACUCCAAGAAUUUGUCACGAACAACCUUUCGGAGCAAACCAAUUCGGCGGUUGGUGUCAAGGGACACCCACCCACUCGUUGGAAGGCUAGGAAGCUACCGCCAUUGGAGCUGUNUGCCGCGACGUUCGAACAUCAGAGGAAGAAGUCCGCCGGGUAAGUGACAAAAGUGGAGAAUGAACGGCCGCGUUUGGGUUUUUCUGCGUAAUCUACAUGGGUACGACUUCUUGUGGUUUCGAAGAGACAACCUAGUUCCUGGAGGACUCUCCUGUACUUGCACGGACGGGUGGUGGGUUGCCAACGGGUGGGUGUUCCAUGACAUGUUUCGAGGUGCACGCACGCCGCCGAGAUUCACAUGUACUCACAUGCACGCCUUUGCCACGCGACGUUCAUUAUUCCAGGCUCGCCGCCUCCCCCUCGGGCAACCAGUUCUACACGGUCGAGAACACCAACCUCGCCACCCUCAACACCCGCGGCAACAGGGUCCUGCUGAGGUGGGGCGAGCCGGGGCAGAAGACGAAGUGGUCCUGCACAUGCGGGUUCCCCGCGAGAUUCCAGAUCCCUUGCUGCGACGUCAUUGCCGUGGCUAGAGCACUCUGUGUGUAUUGUCGCGGAAUCGAUCGGAUCACUUGCGUGCUUAUUUGCGUGUUCACACGGCAAACCUGUUUUUGCGCUGCAUGCUCUGUCUCUGUCCUCUUGUAAUUGUGACGGGUCUUUUGUUUUCUGUGUGUCUGUUCAUUUUAUUUAGUUGUUUCCUGCGUUUUUUUUUUUUUUUCUCUUUUAUCCUGUCUUCCCCGGAUAGUGUAUUUUCUCCUUGUGGAGUACCAAGAUUGAACCAGGGGAUGAACUACAAUAUCUGGCCUCUGAUUAUACCUUUUUUUAGGCAGCGUAGCCUGUGACCACGGGAAUCGCUCGGUCAAGUGUUUGAUGACACAAGAAAUAAGCGGUCUACGUUCGCGCACUUCCAGUUGAACGAACUAGGACCCUUUCUCGAAAGUGAUUCACACACCCGCACCCGCAACGGCAGCUUCGAGGUCGUGGUUACAUGCGGUGCUUCGACCACAAUACGUGAAAGCCAAAGUCUAACCGAUGCCAAUAUGUCUAAUGUAUUCCUUCUGGUGCUCCAUGAUUGGACAACAGGUGGCACGAUACUUUGCUUUCGGCCAGUCCGCCGUCGCGCGUCAGUAUCCCUUUCGGCCGCGGUCGGCAGAAACUAACCACGCUUUAUCACUGCUGUCAUUUCCCUCUUCUGUCGUUGUACAUGUUGCCCCCUCCUUCAAUACACGCAGAGGAGGACAACAUGGACGCUGUCAUGACCUUCAUGAACCCGGCCUAUCGCCUCCAAUACCACCGCCAGACCUACGGCGAUGACGCGUACCAGGUCAUGCCGCCUGUGCCGUCCACGCUGGAGGAAGAUGACACCCUGCUACCUCCUCUCCCCGUGGAUGGUCAGGCCGGCGCUCCCACGCAACUCGAAACUCGGACCGAAAACGUUCAAGAGGAUCGCGGGGCGCGGGGACGAGUAUGCUUCGUCCUCGUUCAACACGCGAGUUUCUGAACUUGGCCCGGCUGCAUCCGGAACCAAGGCGGCUCUCUCUCUGUCGCAGUGGGGUGCCACG